AGACAGCACUUCGGCUCUCCAUUCACAGUGUAUAUGUGUGAGAGUGUGUGAAACUGUUUAUGCGGGUUUUGAUGCCCCUCUUUAUGACCUUACCACCUUCAUAUUGAUGACGGGCACCAUGAUGCAGAGUACGGACGCAAGGGAAACUGAAAUCGACCUGAGGGAUGCUGGGGAUGGAGAGGACGACGAGGGACAACAGACGUGGAAGACGCAGCUGGAAACUGUCCUGGAGGAAGAGGAAGAAGAAGAUGUGAUCUCUACACAGAGUGACACCAGGCCUCUGAUCAAUGAACGGGACCCAAGACAGAUAAACGAGUGUCUUAAGGUUAGUUUUGAGGAUGUGAUAGCAGAGCCGGUGUCGGUCCGCAGUGGGGAUCGGGUGUGGAUCUGGAGUCAUGCUAUUUUCGAAGUGUCCAGGGUCUGGUUUUACCGUAUCAUCACGGCUCUGCUGGCUGUUCCAGUGUCUCUCAUUGCUGGGAUUCUUUUGGCCGUCCUCAGCUUCGUUCACAUCUGGUUCUUUACGCCAUGUGUGCAGGUUGUCUUGAUAAACACCGGGUGGUUGCAAACUUUAUGGAGCAGCAUUUUAGACAUAAUCAUCCUACCCUUCUUCCAAAGCGUAGCCAAGUGCUGCAGAGGGAUUAAUGUUGUUCUGUCACAGGAUUGAGAAACAUUGACUGGAAUCGGUUGAAUCAAUUCAAAUGGGAAUUCACAUCGAACUUUUGGCCAGAUGUGUGGCCAUCUGGCUCCUGGUGCAUGUCAAGGGGGACCAUGCCCAAAUGCUAAGCAGGAUGAAUUCCUCGCUGCCAAAGACUGACAAGAAAAAGAAAUUUGGAAAUGCAUAAGGGUUGCUUAUGUAUUAUUUUUUUUAAAAAGGGACAGAUCACCCAAUAAUGAAAAUUCUCUCAUUUAUUGAGUCAUGUUGUUCAAACCCCACAUUGUCUUUCUGUAGAGCUUUAUUUAUUACCUUAUACUGUGUGUUCCAUGAAAGAAAGAAAGUCACACUGGUAGGGAACGACAUGAAAGUGAGUAAAUGAUGACAGAAUAUUCAUUUUCUGAUUAACUAACCCUGUGUGUUUUAUACAGACUUCAUCAAUGUUUUCGUUUUAUUAAGUAAUUUCUUAAUUUCCUACCAAAGGUGCCAUAAAACAUGUUUGCAGCUGGUGAGGGUUGAGAAAUCCUGCAUUUUGGUUUAUGAUUAUGGUUAAAACAUACAGCUGUUAACAUCUAUUGUAUAUUCUGAUGACCUGUUUUGCAUUGCAUUGAGGACAUAUUGUGUGUUCUUUGAAGUAUUCUCAAGGCAAAAGCCCUUUCACUUGAAAAUAUAACCAAUUGUUCUCAA